GCUAAAAUAUAUAAGCAUGGCGCAGUCAUGCAAGAGAGAGAGAGAGUCAGGCAAGAGAGAGAGAAGAGAGAUAUAGAUAGAGAUAUGUAUUGGGACUGGAGAACCGGAGGAAGGAGAGAAAGGAGAGGACGAAGGGAAAAAAGAUGGGAAUUUGGAUGUAUGGGCUUUGAAUCGGUUUAAUCGGAAAGUAACGUAAACCAUUGAACAGUCAGGUCUGCUGCUUCGAUCGCUCCCCUUCAUCGUGUUGUAAUUUGCUUUAUGGAAAAACAAGGAGUUUCUGAUGCCGCUUGCGACCAUGCAAUUGAAGCUUUGUUUGUGUCACAGCAUUUGGAUUUGAUGAAGGCUUUGUGGCCAAUCAUAUGGAUACUUGAUGGCCAUGGCGCUUUAUGAACAGGGCGAUGUUCAGCUUUUAGAAAAUUGAACCUAGGGGUGAUUAUAUUUAGAUUUGAUCUGAGUUCAUUCUACACUUCUGAUUAAAUAAUUGAGCUGGACAUUAGUGAAUUGCAUUUCCUAUGGAGACAUACAGUAUAAUUGAAGAGCACCCAUAUUUUCUUUAGGUUUUGGUACAGAAAGGGAACUUAUAACUGCAGAUAGUGUUCCAUAUAUUUGUGAUUGGGGAUUCUCUACAAUGGGGUUGCCUCAAAUAUCUCCUAGUACAUCUGAUGAAGUGGUGACAUCACUGAGCACCUUAGUGUCAGUCCCAUCUAGGUUAGGUGGUAUUGAUAGCUUUAAUUUAGAAGGUUUGCUUGUAGGUUGCACAAGUAGUCGGCCAUCAAGUGAUUUUCCUUGCUCUUCUAUCGGCGAUUUCCAUAAUAAAACUACGUUGGAACUCCCAAAAGGAGCAGAUGGACCAUUCAAGUGUAAGAAUGCCAUUGAUGGAACUACUGGCUUUCAAGGUCUUAAGAUUGAGUGCAAGGAUAAGAGAGGUUGGAUAAUGCCUAAAGUUGGACAGGAUGCCCAAAGACCAGUGACGAGGAUUGUUGGUUUUGAAUCUGGCCAUCAAGACUCUAUCCCUCGGUUGGAAAAAGUUGUAUCAGAUGAGAUUAAUUGUGUCAAUUCUUUUGACAAUUUAGCUGGAUCAAAUGAGUCACAAGCGAGAAAACGGUUGUUAUCGUCGCUGAAUAACAUGCUUCAAAAGCAUUUACAUGGUGAGCUCUUAGAUAUUGGUGAGAAUGGUGAUGUUUGUGUUCAAUACAAUGAUAAAGUUGGUCGACAUAUGCUUCGAUCAGAGGAUUGUAAGAAAGCUAAUUUUAGAAAUGUCAGUGACUCUGAUGCUUUGGUUUGUCCAAAUUCACAGGGUCCACAUUGGACUAGUAUGUGUAAAAAUAAUAGGUUCAGUUCAGAUGUAUUUACUGAUGGACCUUUGCUUCACAAUAGGGAUUCCUAUUCUUUGUUACAUCAGUCAGCUACUCAUGGUGUCAGUAAAAUCAAUUGUACAACUGUGGCAAGGAAAUCUGACACAAUUGCCAUAUCACCUAAGCUGGUUAACUCCCCACCACUCUUUUUAUCUCCUCUUGGUCCUAAAUGGUCCGAAAGAAUGAAUAUCGUGGGAGCAUCGAAAAAUAUAUGUGGCGAAAUUGAUAAUGAAUUUUUUAUUUUAGAAGAUAGCGCAGAUUCUAGAAAAGCAACUGCGGCUGGCAACACAUUAUCAUCAGACAUCCUUGACUUCAGGACAAAGAAUGCAUUCGAAAAUGACAUUAUGCUGCAUGAUGAAUCUUAUAUGUCUACACCAUAUGGUUAUCAUUCAGGGAGGAAUUGGGAGGGUCAAGAGUUGGCUGCAUCACAUUGCACUAAAUCAGUAAGAAAUUUAAAUGUUCUUCCUGUCCGGCGGUCUCUAGUUGGUUCAUUUGAGGAGUCCCUUUUGUCUGGUCGAUUUUCAUCUGGAAAAGUCAGUCAGCAGAGGAUUGAUGGUUUUCUGGCUGUUCUGAAUAUUAGUUGUGGCAGUUUUUCACCACAGACUCAGAAACUUCCUUUUGCUGUAACGAGUAUUCAUGGGGACAGCUCAUUGUUAUACUAUGCAGCUAUUGACCUUGCGGAUAGCUCAUCUUCUAAUAAGAACAAAAGCCAAAAGUUGAAAAGAAGCCUCAGCAUUGAUGAUUCCCAAGCUGUCAAGACUCGCUUGCGCAUUCCUAUGAAAGGACGCAUACAACUGGUCCUUAGCAAUCCAGAAAGGACUCCUGUCCACACAUUCUUUUGCAACUAUGAUUUGAGUGAUAUGCCGCCUGGAACGAAGACAUUCAUGCGUCAGAAGGCUACUCUAGCUUCUUCUUCAACAACUCCCCAUGUGGUAAAAGGAAUGAGAAGUCAAGAUUCAGUGAUCUCCAACCAAACUGAAGGCUGUGCGAAUAUCACUACUGAUCAUCAUUCUGAACCAGCAAGUAAUUCCCCAACUAUAGCAGGCUUUGAUUCCAUGUUCUUUUCAUCUCAGAAAAGCUUUGAACAACCUAAUGGCCUUACAACUGUUAUAGACACUAAGUAUUGUACGAGCAGGGAGGGGGAUAUAACUAAUCAGAAGUCUAGUUAUAGCUCUAACCCUGGUGCUCUGCGUUAUGCUCUACAUGUGCGCUUUCUAUGCCCUUUUUCAAGGAAAUGUUGCAAAGCAAUGCAAAGAUGCAAGUCGGAUCCCUUUUCAGUGCCAAAUAGAAACAGUGCAGACGUUGAGGGAGAACGACACUUUUAUUUGUAUAAUGAUAUUAGAGUAGUCUUUCCCCAACGCCAUUCUGAUUCAGAUGAGGGCAAGCUUCGCGUGGAGCACCAUUUCCCAGCAGAUCCAAAGUACUUUGAUGUAAGCAACUGAACAGAAGAUGGCUUAGAUGGCUUCAAUUGUAUAUAGCUUCUCAUUUCCUCAGUGAAAUCUGUAAAGAAACUCCAUCCAUUCCUUGUAAAUAUAAAGCCUUCACUAUUCCAUUGCUCUAUUUCUAUUUCUUCUUC